UACUGCGCGUGCUUUUUCCUGCUAAUCAGCUCAGGUCUCCUUAAUCAAGGUAUAAAUACUGCAGUUUGAAGAAGCUGGAGGAAACAUUGUCCCGUUCCGUGUCCUGUGCGUACGCUGACGGUUUUUAGACAUGACGGGCCUGCACGGAUUCGAGGGUGAGAACUUCUACAUCCCAAUGCACAACCGUACAGGGCUGAUACGCGACCCGUUCUUGUACGAGCAGUACUAUUUAGCAGAGCCCUGGCAGUUCAGACUGCUGGCCGUCUACAUGUUUUUUCUGAUCAUGUUCGGUUUCCCCAUCAACGGUUUGACGCUUUUGGUCACAGCGCAGCACAAGAAGCUCCGCCAGCCGCUUAACUACAUCCUAGUGAACCUGGCCCUGGCUGGGUUGAUCAUGGUCAUUUUCGGGUUCACCAUCACCAUCAGUUCAGCUGUCAACGGCUACUUUUAUUUCGGGCCGACCGCCUGCGCCAUCGAAGGCUUCAUGGCGACUCUGGGAGGUGAGGUAGCGCUUUGGUCAUUAGUCGUAUUGGCUAUUGAGAGAUAUAUCGUCGUGUGUAAGCCGAUGGGAAGCUUCAAAUUUUCAUCUACUCACGCGAUUGGAGGAAUCGGUUUCACCUGGUUCAUGGCCAUGACGUGUGCUGGUCCUCCUCUGGUCGGCUGGUCCAGGUACAUACCUGAAGGCCUGCAGUGUUCAUGUGGACCAGACUACUACACCCUCAAUCCUAAAUAUAACAACGAGUCCUACGUUCUCUACAUGUUCAUCGUUCACUUCAUCCUCCCCGUCACCAUCAUCUUCUUCACCUACGGCCGGCUCGUGUGCGCCGUCAAAGCGGCCGCAGCCGCUCAGCAGGAAUCUGCCUCCACUCAGAAGGCGGAGAAGGAAGUAACGCGUAUGGUCAUCCUGAUGGUGGUGGGUUUCCUGGUGGCGUGGGUUCCUUACGCCAGCGUCGCUGCCUGGAUCUUCUUCAACAAAGGAGCUGCCUUCAGUGCACAGUUCAUGGCCCUACCUGCCUUCUUCUCCAAGACCUCGGCUCUCUUUAACCCCAUCAUUUACGUGCUGCUUAACAAGCAGUUCCGUAACUGCAUGUUAACCACCCUGUUCUGUGGCAAGAACCCAAUGGGAGAGGACGAGACCUCAACAACAUCCACCAGUAAGACAGAGGUGUCCAGUGUGUCCCCAGCGUAGGUGCUCCUCUCGUCCUGGACGUCCGCGCCGUCCUCUCCAGCCCUCCUCUCUUGUGUUCAUAACGCUCUGUGACAAUUUUUUUUUUUUCUGUUCAGGUCUUUGUCUUUAUUUCC